AACAUGUGUAACUCUGUUCUAGUCUGUCCAACGCUCCAAGACCACAAAUUUCAAAGAUUUUUCAGUCUCCAAAUCAUUUAUUGAUCUAUAUAUAAUACCCAUACGCAACUCUCUCAAUCAUCAAUCAACAAGCAGAAAUCCAAUAACUUGAAUAUUUUCAUACAUUUGCUCAAAAGCUUCAAAAGAAUUCACACUUUCAGACAAAAAUAUAGAUAUGGCUUUGAUGAGAAGUCUAUUGAGUGCAAAGAAGAUUAUUGGUCGCUCCGUAACAGAAACAGCUUCUACAAGCAAAAGAGCAGCCUCAGCAGCACCACCAAAAGGGUUUCUUGCGGUGUACGUAGGAGAGAGCCAGAAGAAGAGAUUUGUGGUGCCUAUUUCAUACUUGAACCAGCCUUCGUUUCAAGCUCUUCUCAGUAAAUCAGAGGAAGAGUUUGGGUUUGAUCAUCCGAUGGGUGGCUUAACCAUUCCUUGUCCUGAGGAUACUUUCAUCAGUGUGACUUCUCGGUUUCGGUGAUGUUAAUCACCAUUUUGUUCUUAGAGUUAGAGUUAGACUAAUACAUUGUAUAUAUAUAUAUAUAUAUAUAUAUAUAUGAAUCUGUA